GUGUGUGAUUGUGUGUGUGUGAUUGUGUGUGUGUGUGUGUGUGUGUGUGUGUGUGUGUGUGUGUGUGUGUGUGUGUGUGUGUGUGUGUGUGUGUGUGUGUGUGUGUGUGUGUGUGUGUGUGUGUGUGUGUGUGUGUGUGUGUGUGUGUGAGUGAGUGAGGACAGUUGUCGUGCAGCAGGUGGUCGUUGGGGAUUUAUUUAGCAACGCUUGAAGCUCCCAGUCAGCUGUAAAUGCAGCACGAAGCUCAGACCAGAACCAGGGUGGGACCUCUCAGGCCCUCUUAGUUCUGGACGGAUCCGACCUUCACAAUUUUAAAGUUAUUUUCCUGCUGGUUUUCUUCCAGCGGCCGGAGCUCAUGGAUGGACUCUGAUCCUGAACCAGCUGGAGAGUUCUCUCCUCUCAACCUGUCGUCGGCCUGCUGAUGGAGUCACAGGCAGUGUUAAGAGUUGUCCUGUUACCAUGGAAACCCUGCAUCCACCUGACUUUGCUACUGGUCCAGCUGAGUCUACCUGAAGUCAGAGCUUCCUGCCACAUUCUGAGGUGCAACUCAGAGUUUGUGGCAGCGACCUUUGACCUGAGCAGUGGCGGCGGUUCAGCUGUCAGCAGGGAGGUGGUGAACGCCGGCUACUGCAGCGCUCUGCGCACCUAUGCCAUAUGCACCAAGAAGAUGGCCCGGCCAUGUCGAGGUGACCUGGCAUAUCACUCUGCAGUUCAGGGCAUCGAGGAUCUGCUGAUCCAGCAUCACUGCCCCAGGGUGGGGCCCACGGCCCAGCCACGGCCUCUGCCUCAGGGCACACUGUCAGCAGACACCUGCUUGUACGAGAAGAGCUUCUACAGCCGAGAGGGCCGGUUGCCAGAGUUCCUGCACUGCAGCGUGUUUGGAGACCUGCACAUUAGAACUUUCGACAACGACUUCCACACCUGUGCUGUGCAGGGGGCGUGGCCUCUCAUAGAUAAUGAGUACCUGUACAUACAGGCCACCACCUCACCAGCAAGAGGGGAGGCGUACCCCACAGUUCUGACCAAGAUCACUGUCAUCUUUAAGAACUGGCGCCAGUGUAUCGAUCAGCAGCUGUACCAGGCGGAGUUGGACAACGUUCCUGCUGCGUUCGCUGACGGGUCGGUGUGGAGUGGCGAGCGGCGGGGUCACCGCAGCCUGACGGUUCGGACCGAAAGUCCAGGCCGUCACACAGAGAUUCGAGCGGUUCACAUCGGCACGCUGGUGGUGGUGCGUCAGAGUGGACGCUCUCUCAGCCUCUCAAUCCGCUCACCGCGGGAAAUCGUGGAUGCUUUUGGACCCGAUCAUGACCUGCAGCUGUGCAUGUGGGGAUGCCCCGCCUCUCAGAAGCUCAACACACUCCGCCCCCCUCUACUGAACUCUUUGGCACCUGCUGCUGUCAGUGCUGAAGACCACUGUGCAUUGCUGCUUCCUGCCCAAGAUGUUUACUAUCAGGCAUGCGUGUUUGACCUGAUCACCAGCGGAGACCUGAACUCCAGUAUGGCCGCCGUCAGCGCGCUUCAGGACGCCAGAAACAUGAUCUCCAACAAGGAGAGGGUUCACCUGCUUCCUGCCUCUCAUGCAGGAAAUACAAAUCCAUGUGUGAUGCUGCUCCUGCUGCUUGGCAUGCUGGGAGUUGUGGGCGGGGCCUAGACAGAGCCCACGGCCUGCUGAGAAGGUGAUGAGGUUCUAGGAGCUGCUGAGACAGACAGCGUAUGGUUUUCUGAGCUGCAGGUUCUGGUUCAGAAAAUCUCAAUGACUCACUGUGUCGCCAACUCUCCGUCAUCAUUUGAUCUUCCGACGGAAGAAAGUCAAAAAUAUUUUAGAUUAAAUUAGCUGUGAAACGGUGCGAAACAGGGCCGAACAAACCAAUUCAGUAAUCUUUAGUUUUGUGUUUCCCACGGGUGAAGAGAUCAGGUAGACCUGCUCUAGGUGUGUUACGGUUAACCCGGUGGAAGGAGUAACACUUGGUGGUUCGUCUGCCUGAGCUCAAAUAAAAUCUGUGUCAUGUUGAAUCAGAAUUCAUACAAAAUGUAUCCGUCCUCACUUAGAUGCUGCAGUUCCUCACUAAGGUGCUUCAGAGAAUCAUUGGGUCAGGUUCUAACUGGUUUGCUGGUUGAGACUGGAUCCAACUGGUUCUAAUUGGAUCUAGCUAGUUAUGACUCGGUCUAACUGGUUCUAGGUGGUGUUAACUAGGGCAUGCAGACUUUAGCUAGGAGGUGUGUUGGCCUGGGAAUUUACUUGCUUUUUGACCUCGCGCUGACGCAGGCAGCAGGCUGCAUCUUGAUCACGUACUUGCUGCUGCACUACAUGUAAUGUUGGAGUUUUACACUAGGGGACAGAGUAGAGAACUCAGACCAGAUAAAAUCUCGGGCUUAUAGGGUACAACCAAAACAAACAUGGUGUCAAUACAUUGUAAUAAAUUGUAGGCCAGAAUAAGUCAAAAGCAAAAGUUCAUCACCUGCCUUAAAAACUUGAGUCAUGUCAGUUUAAAUGAACACUGAACAAAGCAAAAACUAAGGACAACACGACCGCCCACAAUAAAUGGGCAUAAACACCUCAAAUUAGAACAAAAUAACUAAGAAAAUGACUACCCACAAUGCACCUCACCCAAUGCAGCUUUCACAGUGGGCAGGGGCACUUUUUAAUCUAUAAAUUGCAGUUUUAAGUUGACUGAAUGCACGAGAAUGAGGAAAAUAUAAUCAUCUGUUGAAAAAAUCAAGCAAUUUUAAGUUUUCAUUAUCAAAACACACAAAAUUGAGUUCAACAAUUAAAACUUAUCAGGGAGACUUAGGUGAAAUAGGAAAAAUAAAUUGAAACUACUUUUUGAGACUGUCUUUUUUUACAGUGUAGAAGAGAUCAGAAAGUGGUUAAUUUUGAGAUCCUGACAGAAAAUAGGACAGCAGCAGUACAGAUAGUAUGUAAUACCUCUAAACCAGGGGUGAAGUGACAACUCCUCCUUUUGGUUACUCACAUAUUACAUGUUUGCAAAUGUAUCACACUGUAAUUUUACAGGACACGCACAAACGACUCUAACAUUUGCAAACUACGCUAGUCGCCCAUUAUAAACACGUACGCGUAAUUAAAAGCAAGUGUAUUUAGGCCCUUACUGGUGACUUUAGUCUCAGCUUCCUUUGACAAGUGUAAUGUCCAACAGUGGUCAGUUUUUAGGUACAGUUUGACCAUUCAACAUCUGGUCAAAAGGGAGACACGAGACUGCAUGUGUCCCCUCUAAAUCAGCCUGCCUUCAUCACACCAGCUGGAGCUCAGAGCCUCCCUGCAGCUUUAAACACAGAUAACGAAAUGUCAACAAUAACAUUCUCUCCUCAAGGUCCAAUCUUUCAGGACUCUUCAUGCCUCCAUUUAAGUGAACACUCGCAGCCCGGAUUUCCUAAAUCAGAUGUGAACUUCUACAGCUUAUGAGCUAGAUAAUUAUUAAAUAAACGUUUGUUCAUUGCUACUUAUAGUAAUUAUAAUAUAAUGAAAUGCUUUCAUUAGUCUGUGCUCAAUGAUUAAAGUUUGAAGUUCUACGGACCUCGGUACCUGGAAGUCCGAGGACUUCGACAUUCCGGCUCUAUCACGAGGGUCUUCGAGUGGGUAUGCAGACAUGACAGAUAGCGUGUGAUGUGUUUUGAUAAUAAUCAACUUCAUAGCUUAACGCAAACCAUAUUCUUUUACAUCCAGAACUCAGCUCUCCUAGAUACGGAGGUUCUGACUAGCAUUGCAUUCACACAUAGGUUCAUACAUCACAUUUAGUUCCAUCCAUCACAGUAAAUGCUUAGUUAACUUGUCAUGUUUUAAUUGUUGGUAAAAUAAAUUCUUACUUUUAUAAACCUGACUGUUUUCUGAAUCAAAACAAAGUGUGUACAAUCCCCUAAUUAACAAAGAAUCCUAGAAUCAUCUGAUAAACACAGUAAAGACCAAGCAGGGUUAUAUUCAAUAUUUAGAUAGAGUAUCACAGCUUAUUGGUCAUAAGUGGAGGUAAUACAUGUUGAGCUCCUAAAGCACUCAAUUUACCAAACCCUACACAAGUUUCUCCUUAGUUCUGAGCUGGUUCCUCACCCUUCACAUUAUCACUGAGACUCCACCAGAGAUGUUGUAACUGAUUUGAUGGAUGUUUUGGGUCUCAUUCGGCCUCUCACUGUUCGAAUGAACCCUCGAUUCUACAGAACAAGCCUUUCCUCUAGCAGGAAAACUUACUAUCAGCAGGGCAUCAAAUAAUUUCCCCCUGACUGUAAGAGUGGGAUUAAGGGUCGUUGAGGCCUCUAAGGUUACGUCAUAUCCUUUGAUGGAACAUUUCCCAAUUGCUGCAUCCUACCAUGUGGGCUAAUGUGAUGUAAUAAUUUUGCAAGAGCCCAGAGAGAGUUGGUUCUUUGCUGAUUCACUGUAUCAGGCCUGUGUUAUGUGAUGUGAGCUCACCUCAUUAGCUAACCUGAGGAAAGCAGCGGAGGAAAUAUUUGUCUUUUUGAAUAUAUUAACAGGAUAUGUCCACAGUUAUUAAACAGGACUUUUAUUUUCUGUGUUCAAAGUUCUUUUGAAAAAAUUGUAAUAAAAACAACUUAAGAUUUCA